UUUUUCAGGAUCUUUAAUUUAUUCAGUUACUUUGUUUUAUUUAGAAACUUAGUUUUCAUGAAGUCAACUGGUAUUGAAAUUAUAAACCCAGGACUUCAGUCAUCGAACGUUCGAAUGAUUGUAUCAAAAAAUGAUUUUGAUCAUCUUAUUAGAAUUAUGAUGUCCUAUUUAUCGCCUACCAACUCGCCUAAAGACGCAAAUUAUGAAAAAGAAAUAAUUGAGAUUUUUAAUCAACUUCAACAAUUUAUCGAAAGAGAGUUUCCAAUUAAUCGAAGAGUGGACGGGUUAAACGUUGCUAACAAUGCAAAGAUUAUUUAUCUUCACAUGGUUUACCUGAAUAAUAGAUUUAGACCUACAGAACAAUUAGCUCAAAAAGUUGCCGAUGUUUUAAGUGCUUUUCAACAAAUCACCAAACUUUCUCAUGACCAGUAUUAUGGGCCAGUUAGGGCCUUGGAAAAUAGAAAGCUACAAAUUUCAUUAGGCUUGGUUGAGGUACUUACUGAAUUGUUCGUUCUGGACAUUAAUUUAUUCGGUAUCCAACUUACUUCAUAUGAGAAAUGCAGCAAAUUUCGUCGUUCCAUCGGAAAUGCUCUUAUGAAUUUAGUAUAUCAGCAGCGCGAGGCUAAACUUCGGCUCUGUACUAAUCGUCAAUUCUUGCUUAAAGUUGCUGAUUUCUACGCUGGUUUGAUCCAAAAUGUCUCGUAUAAUUCUGAUCCUUCUAUUUCUCAGCAAUUGUCUAUUAUUGUACCCCCUCUUGUUCGUACAGCUGUUAAUAUUGCUUUAAAAGAACGUGUUGGAGUAAAGGUUUUCGAUCCUCUAGCUCUUUCUUCUCAACACAAACAACAGUUACUUAAAGUUCUCUCUGCUCUUUGGAAUCUUGCUGAAGAUCCUGCAAAAAAUAAACAUGUUAUGUGUAUUGAGGUUCCUGAAUUUGUCCCUAUGUUAUUACGGAUAAUGUUCUGUGACCAAAGUGAACUGCAAUUAAUACAAGCUGCCACUGGGAUUAUAAAACACUUGAGUGGUUAUUUUAUUCAAUUUCACGAUUUAUUUGCUAAAAUUUUACGAAAAGGAUUGACUUCUGCUCUUAUGCGUCAAUUAACUUCUUCCUCAUCUGAUUUGAUCAUAGAUUCAUUAAGUGCUCUUUAUGCACUUUCUAGACAUCCAAUUAUUGGAAAGGAAAUUCUAUCAAAUGAAUCAUACAUGCAGCAGAUUGGUUACUUAACGCGAAAUACAAAUGAAGGAAUUUCUCGGGCUUCCAGAUUGGUACUUAACAACGUCUAUUCCGUGACAGUAUAUUUUGCCAAGAAUGCAGUACAUUUGGCCCCUUGGCCGAUGCAAAAUCUAAUUCUAUCACCUGUUGAUCCUUGUGGACAACAAAUGGCUUCAACAAAUUAUUCAAGUCUAAGACAGCAGAAUGAUCCUCCAAAAGUUAAUAAUCAAGGUUUUUGUUAA